AUGGUACACCUUUCGACCAUCCCCGACGAGAACCAGGUCGUCAACGGCAAGCUGGCUGGUGGCAUCAAAAAGGCCCACCUCCAGCUUGUCAAUGAUGAUGACAGCUUCACCACUAGCGUCUACGGCUCCCGGUUUGCUGCCAGAGACCUCCCCAAGCACGAGAUGCCCGAGGCCGAGAUGUCCAAAGAUGUGGCCUACCGCUUGAUCAAGGACCAUUUGAGCCUGGACGGCAACCCCAUUUUGAAUUUGGCUUCUUUUGUCACGACUUAUAUGGAGGAAGAAGCGGAAAAGCUCAUGACCGAGUCCUUCUCAAAAAACUUCAUCGACUAUGAAGAGUACCCCCAGUCGGCCGACAUUCAGAACCGAUGCGUCUCCAUGAUCGGGAGACUGUUUCACGCCCCGAUAGGCGUUGAAGACGAUGUCGGCGCUAUUGGCACUUCCUGCGUCGGUAGCAGUGAAGCCAUCAUGUUGGCUGUGCUUGCGAUGAAGAGGCGCUGGAAGAACAAGAGGAUAGAGGAGGGCAAGCCGUACGACAGACCCAACAUUGUCAUGUCGUCGGCCGUUCAGGUGUGCUGGGAGAAGGCGGCGCGCUAUUUCGAGGUGGAGGAGAAGUUGGUGUACUGCACCGAGGAGCGAUAUGUCAUUGACCCCGAGGAGACUGUCAAUCUUGUCGAUGAGAACACUAUUGGCAUCUGCGUGAUUCUCGGGACGACUUAUACCGGCGAGUAUGAGGAUGUCAAGGCUGUCGAUGACUUGUUGACCAAGAAGGGGUUGAACACGCCGAUUCACGUCGAUGCUGCCAGCGGUGGGUUUGUGGCACCAUUUGUCGUGCCAGACCUUGAAUGGGAUUUCAGACUGGAACAUGUCGUUUCCAUCAACGUGUCUGGGCACAAGUAUGGUCUCGUCUACCCUGGUGUUGGUUGGGUUGUGUGGAGGAGCGCCGAGUUCUUGCCCCAAGAGCUCGUCUUCAACAUCAACUACCUCGGCGCCGAUCAAGCUUCCUUCACCCUCAACUUCAGCAAAGGGGCCAGUCAGGUCAUUGGCCAGUACUAUCAGCUCAUCAGACUUGGGAAACACGGGUACAGGGCCAUCAUGAGCAACCUGACGCGGACGGCCAAUUACUUGUCAGACUCUCUCGAGGCUCUCGGCUUCAUCAUCAUGUCAAAGAAGUCGGGCGAGGGUCUGCCACUAGUAGCCUUCCGUCUCCCGCCCCAAGAAGACCGCAACUAUGACGAGUUCGCCCUCGCUCACCAGUUGCGCGUUCGCGGCUGGGUUGUCCCCGCGUAUACCAUGGCGCCCAACACCGAGAACCUCAAGAUGCUCCGCGUAGUCGUUCGCGAGGAUUUCACACGCAGUCGAUGCGACAGCCUCAUCACUGAUAUCAAGCAGAGUCAACAGCUUCUCGGACAGAUGGACCAGGACAGCAUCAAGAAGCAGCAGGACUUCAUCCACAAGCACAACACCUCGAGCGGGAAAGCCUCACACAACCACCCCAAGUAUCGGAAGGAAAAACAUUCUCUUCAGGGGAAGACAGGCAAAACUCACGCUAUCUGCUAA